AUAUAAAUUAUGAACACCCUUUAAUCCAAUCUCUUCAAAUUAAGAUUUUUGCCCUGGAUUUCAUGUGCUUUCUCAAGGUGGCGAACCACGGCGGCGGAAACGGCGGCCGAGAUGACCCGGAGGCUAUGUUUUCGUCUGAGGGGGAGCUAAUGGCAAUGGUGUCGGCUUUGACUCAUGUCAUUUCGGGUGGCGCUGUUCGUGCUUCUGGGGUUGAUUGUUCGUCUCGUGAGGAUGCUCCCGUGACAGUGGCGGUGCCGACGAUGACGGCAACCGGGUGUUCUAGGAAAAGAGAGAGGGAAGAAGAAGGUGGGAUCGUGGAGUUUAGAGCAAUUCAGAGUUAUUCCACGCCCUCUCCUGCAAUUUUAGUAAAAGAGGAGGGAGGUUCAAGUUCAAGCAACCCCAUCCCCGCCGCCACAGCUAUGGCGGCGACAACGACGGCGGAAUUUCCCGGCAAAGAGAUAACAAGAACAAGAUACAGAGGAGUAAGACAGAGGCCAUGGGGAAAAUGGGCUGCCGAAAUUCGUGACCCUCAGAAGGCUGCCCGAGUCUGGCUCGGCACUUUCGACACGGCCGAGGCCGCCGCCCGAGCCUACGACAGCGCCGCCUUGCGCUUCCGUGGUAGCAAAGCUAAGCUCAAUUUCCCUGAAUUCGUCACUACCCUUCCACCGUCUUCGCCACCGACCCCAAAUUUAGUCCUGUCUCCGGUGGUGCGGCCGCCGGUUUUCCCAUUUGAUUCAGACUAUUUGCAGUAUUCUCAUUUGAUUCAGAAUUCCGGCGAGAAUUCCGUCCAGCCGGCGCUGACGUUUGACAGGGUGCUCAGUAAUUCGCCAUUUGUGAAUCCAAAUUCUUUGAUUUCUUCUUCGGGUACUUCUUCUGGUGCUUCGAAUUUUGAUUUGCCGUUUUCUCAGCAGCAGAUUGCAUAUUUCCGGCCGCCGGAAAAUCAGAGCCACGGCGGCGGGGGUUCUUCAAUGCCGCCGCCAACGGAAUUUGGCUAUCGUCCUCCCGCUACCGGUUGACGGUUUGUGAUUGGACAGCUGAAAUCUUUUAGCGGCCACGGGAACUGCCACGCAGAUAUUUAAUAUUUAAAA